AUGCCUCCCCCAAAAAUCCUCAUUGUCGGUUGUGGUAUCGCAGGUCCAACAUUGGCGUCGUUUCUUUUACUAUCCGAUGUCCCUGCCUCUCAGAAGCCUCACAUUACUAUGUUAGAACGUGAAGCAGAGGGGAGGGCCCAUCUGCGCGGCCAAAACAUUGACAUCCGCGGCGCAGGAGUGACCAUCAUCCGCAAGCUCGGGCUCGAGGCACAGGUCAGGGCCGCCACCACUGGAGAAGAAGGCGUCCAGCUUGUCGAUGAGAAUAAUACAGUCUGGUCACAGCAGGGUGUUGAUAAAACGGGCACAAUACAGUCGGGGACAGCCGACAUCGAGAUUCUCAGAGGCAAGCUUUCUGAGCUCUGCUGGAAGAACAGCCAGAGAGUCAGCGCUCAAGCGGAAGCUGAUGGCGCCCAAGGAAUUGAGUAUAUAUUCGGAGAUUAUCUCAAAGAGAUAACGCAAGAAGGUGAUCAGGUUCACGUGCUCUUUGCCAACAGCGGAGAGAGACGAAGCUUUGAUCUCCUCGUCGGGGCCGAUGGGAUGCAGAGCCGGACUCGAAAGCUAGUCUGGGGCGAAGAAGGAGAAAAGGAACGGUUGAAACCGAUCGGGAUGUAUGCUGGCUUCUUCAGUAUCCCGCGGGAGGAUCACGACGGCAAUUGGCGAAGAUGGUUCCAUGCUCCCGGCAGGCGAGGGAUAAUGAUCCGCCCGGAUGGCGUAGGAGCGAGGUCCACAAUCUUCAUGUAUGUGGUGAAUGACAAGGACCCCAGAUUCCUGGAGGUUGCGAACAAGGGCAAUGGCAACGCGCAGGCUCAGAAGGCACUUCUGGAGGAAUAUUUCAAAGAUGCUGGCUGGGAAUGCGAGAGAAUCAUACGAGAGAUGAAGGUGACAGAUGAUUUCUACUAUGACACCGUCGCCCAGGUCAAGAUGGACUCAUGGAACAAGGGUCGAGUGGUACUUCUGGGUGAUGCAGGUUACUGUGCCUCUCCCAUCUCAGGAAUGGGCACAACUCAAGCUUUCAGCGCAGCUUACAAGUUAGCAGGCUAUCUCCAGACAUAUAUCAAAGGAGAGAGCAACGAUCCGCUCUCUUCACUUGCUCAGUACAAUGAGCAGAUGCGGCCAGUAGUCGAGGAUGCGCAACAGUUAGCACCUGGCCAGCCACAUGUUUAUAACCCCGAGACAGCUUGGGGCAUCUGGAUUCUACAUGUUCUUGUCUCUUCACUAUCAUACACGAGAAUUCUGUUCAUUAUCAUUAAGUUCUUUGGGAGAGUUCUUCAUUUGGGGCCACAGGCAGCAGACUAUGUUCCGGUUGAAGAGUUUGGCUUUAAAUGCAUGUCACAGUGGAAGGUAGAGGAUGCCGGAAGCGAGAGAUAA